GGAUUUCCAUCUCAUGUGCUCAGGCUGCAUCAAAAACAGCAUAUUUUGGAGGUCUCUGGGCAUGAACAAACAGUCAAAGCUGACGUAGGCCUCAUAAGAGAUUCUUUCCCUGGUAGAUGCGGCUCAUUCCUGAAAAGGCAGAGAGACAGCAGACAGCAAAAUGAAGACCUUUGUGGCUUUAGUCCUGCUGACCGUGAUUCUGACUAUUUUUACUGAUGCUUCACCAAUAUUGCCAGAAAAAGAAGCAAAGCAGAUCCUAAGGGGCAAGCGUUCAUAUAGAGAGAGGAAAGCCGGGCAUUCUGAUGAGCCAAUGAGGGAAUACAUGCUAUACCUGCAGCGUCUGGAGCAGAGGUCAGAAGAGCAAUUUCUGGAACACUGGUGGAACCCGCACUGCCAACCCCAUUGCAAUCGCAACAUUAUGAAUCCUGUGUAAUUUUUUGCAGGGCAUGAUUAAAGAUGAUGGUAUAAAACCAAGUGAAGAUGUCAGAUAGGAUACUGCUACCCCGUGAUCUAUCAUUUUUUAUCUAAUUUAGCUUCCAAAUACUAAUUUUUACUGUGACACUAGGAACUUUCUUUUAUUUACUAAUAAAUAUAUUUUUGAAAGAAUAUUAUUCACCUACAUAUUCAUAUGAAAUGUAUCAAUGUACUUUUUAAAUUCUUUUUUGUCCAUGAAGACCAUUUUUCUUUCAUAUAGUGGUCAGAGUCCAUGAGCCUUGACGUGUUGGAUUGAAUUCCCGCCACUAGGAGUCAAUUCUCAUGGACUUGAACCACCAUAAAGGAAAGGAAUUUAUCAUGUAAGCAUAAAUUAUGUUCUUUUUUUUUGACGCCCAGCUUGGUGAGAUAUCACUCUAUAUUAAAGUGACUAAAUACACUUUAUCCACCUUCCUCUAAUUUUGGGUGCAGCCAUUUUGGAACCUAGGUUUCAUUGCAGAUAUCUGAGGGAGAGUUGCUGCACAUGUGCAGACUCAUCAGUACUGGAAUGCAGUGAAAGAUAGAUUUCAAAAUGGCAGCAGCCAUGACUAGAGUGAGGUAGGAAAUAGCCUCAAUUCUUGCUUUAUAAAAUGAAUUUAGUGUUUAAUGUCCCUUUAACUUAAUCAAAAUAUAACAGCUGGUUCAAAAUUGAAAUAAUGUUUAUGGUGAAAAUAAAAUCUUGAUUAGAAUAUCUGCAAACUGUGACAAUCUUAGAUGCAAUUUUUCUUUGAAUGGUUAUAUAUAUAUAUAUAUAUAGUGUAUAUAUAAUUAUAAAUACUAAGUAGUAAAGCGUUCGAUAACUAUCAUGUUAUAACUGAAAAUGUUAUAUUGUUUAUAAGAACAGAAUAUAUUUGGAUAGAAUAAGAUAAUACAAAUGCAAUCGUACUGUAUGUAUUGCUUUUUCUUCUCAUUUGUAACCAGCAAACACUAUUAUGAGGAUACUUAAAACAUAUAAUGAAUAUCUACCAAAAUAAAUGUCUUCUUUUUUUGGCUAGCUACAUAUGUAUACAUUUUAGGCAUGUAUAAAAGAAUGCAAUAAAAUUUCUGCAUCUUUUCA